GAAAGAUUGAUGAUAUUACUUUGAUUUCACAAAAAAAAAUGACUCUAAGGAAUCAAGAAACCAAGAAGAAGUCAAUAUUCCAAAAAAUAUUCUUGGCUAAAGACAGGAAUGGUCCAAAUGAAAAGAAAAUGGAUAAAGAGACAUUUGAUAUCUCUGAAGCACCUUCUGAUUCAGCACUCGACUCUUUGUACUUCAGCAGUGUAGCAAUGCCAAGGCAGCGUGUCCAGUCCUUCCGGGUUUUUGUUGCAACAUGGAAUGUUGGAGGAAAGUCUCCCCACAGUGGCCUCAAUCUGGCUGAUUUUCUUCAGGCUAACAACCAAUCUGAUAUAUAUGUUUUAGGUUUUCAGGAAAUCGUCCCUUUAAAUGCUGGUAAUGUGCUAGUUAUAGAAGAUAAUGAACCAGCUGCAAAAUGGCUGACUUUAAUUAACCAGUCGCUGAACAAGUCGCAUAGUCAAGCCUCUAGAGGAUUGAAAUCGACCCCCUCUUUCAGCAGCUCACUGUUCUUCCAGAAACCUUCUCUUAAAAAGGUCAGCAAUUCUUUCAGGACAGAGAGUAAAAGGAGGCUCAAGACUUGCAACUGCGCACCUGAGCUCGAGAAGAAGAACAGCAAAGAAUUCUGCUUUAGAUGCCCACAAUCAUAUAUUAGUGAAGAUGAUUAUUCGUCCGAAGAGGACGAAGACGUGCCUGGUAACUUUGACAUGGCUGAUAUUUCCAGUCACAUGAAAUAUAGCCUUGUGGCAAGCAAACAAAUGGUGGGAAUAUUUGUCACUGUUUGGAUGAGAAAGGAACUUGUGCCUUAUGUAGGCCACCUAAGGAUCUCCUGUAUUAGUCGCGGCAUCAUGGGCUGCCUUGGAAACAAGGGGUGUAUUUCUGUCAGCAUGUCUUUCCAUCAGACAAACUUUUGCUUCAUAUGCAGUCAUUUAGCAUCCGGAGAGAAAGAGGGUGAUGAGCUUAGGAGAAAUUUAGAUGUCAUAGAGAUACUUAGGAACACACAAUUUCCGAAGAUUUGCAGAACGCCUAGCAGUAGGGUGCCUGAGAAAAUUCUGGACCAUGAUCGGGUUGUUUGGUUCGGGGAUUUGAACUACCGGAUAGCAUUGAGUUACUCUGAGACUCGAAAGCGUCUGGAGCAGAACGACUGGGAUAGGCUGUUAGAUAAAGAUCAGCUCAAGAUCGAAAAGGAUGCCGGGCGAGUGUUCAAGGGAUGGAAAGAGGGAAAAAUUUACUUUGCUCCUACAUACAAAUAUUCUUAUAAUUCAGAUAUGUAUGCCGGAGAGACUAUUAAAACAAAAAACAAAAGGAGAACUCCUGCUUGGUGUGAUAGAAUACUCUGGCAUGGAAAUGGAAUUCAGCAGCUUUCUUAUAUUCGUGGGGAGUCCCGUUUUUCUGACCACCGGCCUGUAUGCGCCACAUUUAUGGUGGAUGUGGAAGUGGCGGAGGGAGGCUUAAGAAGAAAAUUAUCCGGCAGUAACAUGAAAGUUGGAGUUGAAGAGCUUUUACCACUUACCUGAAAGUAACUGCAGCUAAAAUAUGUACUAAUUUACUGAGCAUAACCAUUAGGAGAUUGAAGAAACACCAAAUUUUGCUAAUUCAUAUUGGAAGAUGAAAUUCUCAUGGUAGUGUCAUGUAUAAGGUGUCAGAAGAAGCAUCCCAAGUUCAGGAACC